ACCACGUGGGGAGGGAGAACAAGUUUUAGAGCCAAAGGGAUGCAGCGGGGUCGGGCGCCUAGAGUGGAGGGGUGCGCGGGAGGGAGCAAAGGCGCCUAGCCGAACGCGCAUGCUCAGUGCUCCCAGACUCCGGCCUCUUGCCCAGCCCCUUCCACGAGCGUCGGCCGCGCCUGCGCAGUGCCCUCCGGCCCACCGAGAGUUCUUGGCCUCGCGUCGCCUGGAGAGCCUCAGCUUCUGCAGGCGGCGGCUGCAGCGAGGGCGGGUGUGUGGUCAGGGCCGGCAGCGUAGGGCCGGUAGCGCAGGGCCGGCCGGCACGAGGCUGCGGUGGCGCCCCCUCCUCGCGGAGCGUCGGCGCCGCCAUGGGCCUGAAUUCCAACCUGUCGAUGCGAGCUGACUGCAUCGCAGCUGUGGCACUGGCUGCUGGGACCGCGGUGGUGGGGUAUCUAGCUUACAAAAAGUUUAUGGUUAAAGAAAAACGUGGCAAAUCCAUGGUCAAUCUCAGCAUCCAGAAAGACAACCCCAAGGUUGUCCACGCAUUUGACAUGGAAGACUUGGGAGAGAAAGCUGUGUAUUGCCGCUGUUGGAGAUCCAAGAAGUUCCCAUUCUGUGACGGGGCCCACACGAAACACAACGAGGAAACCGGAGACAACGUGGGACCGCUGAUUAUCAAGAGGAAAGAGGCGUAAUGGGUGCCCAGAGUGGACCGCUUUGUCCCGGUGUCCCGAUUGUUUUGAGAAUGAAUAUCAUUUCUGUCCACUUGCCUUUUCCCCGUGGUUCUCGGUGUGGCCUCUCGCAAGCCGAGGCUUUCAUUUAUGUGCCCUCUGCCUUACUUCCUGUCCGAACACCAUGUAAAGAACCUUCCUGGCCUCUGGCUUGUUUUCCUGUCUUGUAGGGAUUGUGUUCUUCGCUUCCUCCAAAUUCUAAAUAAUGACCGAGUAUCCUUGGAUCUGUAUGUUGAUGUUAACAUAUUAAAUUAUUUUCAAAAUCACGUAGAUCCAAAUUGUAAUUGCAUGCCACAAGCAGAAGCCUCAGCAAGACCCAGAAAGCAGCCGCCCCUUCCGAAGGGAGCCCCUUUCUUUGUCUGAGGUCGGGCCUUGCUGGUAGAGGAGGCGCGCAGCCGAUGAGGAAAUAGGAUGUUCAAUGUGUAUUUGCAGAGUUAUGACCUAGAGAAAAGUCUCCAUUUGGGUGGGGAGCUGUUGGGGAUCGGAGGAAUGUUUGCACAGGAAUCGGCCUGUCCCGAGGGACCGGGCCUUGGAGUCACUUAGUCCGGGUCCUGGCCGCCUCAUCUCCUGCAGAUACUGCAUUUAUGUAUCUGGGAGACAGAAGCCAACCCCAAAAUGUGCAUCCAAGAACCCCUGGAGCAGUCAGUGAGACCCUUGAGAUGUCCAGGCGUGGCUUGUUUGGCCACGAGCUGAUGCUGAAAACGGGUGCCUCUCCUCGCAAGCCUCCAAGUUGGGGGGAGGGGCCGGCGUCUCCCCGAUGGGGGGGAGUCGAAUGGCUUUACAGAUGCCCGUUUUUAAGAUCCGUCUCACCCCUCCCAUGAGGACCCUCCCUUGUUGCCCAUCAGAAAUCAGGCCAAACAAAUCAGUCCAUUUGCCUCAUUUGGUACCUGCGGUCUCCCCCUGCCCUGCCCAGAGGUGGCGGCGUGCUUCGCAUGUGGCUGGUGUUAAGGAAAUUUAUAUGAAGAGGAAAACAGGAAUUAAACCGUAUUGUUCUAAA